AGUGCGGUAAGAACUUUCUAGUGGUGAUGAUCGAGUGAAUAAUCGAUGCGCGAUCCAAUUUUACGCAAAAAAUAUUUUAUUUGUUUUUUUUUUCUUCGGGGUAUUCAAAGUAAUUUUACACACGCACCACUUCGGAUAGCUAACGAGCUAUAUACGUUGAUUAUUGAAACAGUAGGAAGAAAAAAAACAAAAACGGUGCCCAUUGAAGGAAGGAUUAAUUUCUGGACAAGUUUAGGAGCAUAAGCUAGUUGCGAUGAGGGGGACGAUAUAUAUUCUUGGGAUUAUCUGUUUUUCUGGCGUCACCAAUGCACAGGAUGAUUCUUUUGCUGGUAGUUUUUUAUCAGGUUUACUUGAUUCAAUAACGAGCACGGCUGAGGUGAAAGAAUGUCCAGGUGUUUGUGUGCAUUCAUUUGCUACGAUUAUUUGCUAUGAAAUUCUGGAGGAGAUUCAAUGCCCGUCGUCGAAUAUGAAAUGUUGCGUUGAGAGCAACAAUACCUCACCAACAGCAGCCCAGUCUCAGGCACAGACAACAACAAAACCUGUGCGCACCACCACAUUUGCACCGCAAACCAGCAAACCCACGCAAAAAUUGGAAAAACCAACGAAAUCGGAAACUAAAGAAGAUGGCCCAUGCCCAGGUGUUUGUGUUGCAGAUCGAAUUGCUGAAUAUUGUGAAGCAUAUUUGAUAACAAGUGGCCUAUGUAAAGUUGGUUCAAAGUGUUGUGUGCCUCGCGACAACUAUCCCGAUAAAUUGCCGGCUGAUUUACGCAUUCCAAAUGGCCAUGUCAAUCAAACAAUGGCAGCAAAACCAACAAAACCAGCUCCUUCGACCAUGUCCAAUUCACAUCAACAACGGCCACACCAAAAGCUGCCAAUGAAACCGAACACCAGUCGACCAACGAAACCGCAAGAACCAUCACGCGAAUCAGAUGACAAUCAAAUUAGUCAGAAGAAAUGCGGAGGAGAAUGCGUUAGCGGAUUAUUUGCACUGUUUUGUGAUGGUUUAGAUGAAGACGCUUACUGUCCUAAUGAAGCUACCUGCUGUCUCACAUCGGAGCCCAGCAAUGCACCAUCAACUACUCCAAGACCGACUCCAGCACCAAAAUGCCCCGGUUACUGUAUGUUGGAUAUUUUGUCAGCAUUUUGUCAAGCGCCAGCUACAAUCAUAUCGCGGACAUCGAGCUGCAAAGAAGGAUCCAUUUGUUGUGAUAACACACGGUUGGCAACAACGAUAAGACCAAGACCACGACCAACACCACCACCAACGACUACAACACAUGCACCGACAACGACUCAACAGCCUGAUUACAGAGAAGAAUGCCCCGGUAGCUGUAUUGCGCCUUUGCUCAGUUUUACAUGUUUCCGUAAUGCUGAAAUGACGGAUGUAUUCAAGUGUUCAAAGAAAGGACAAACGUGCUGUGCGCCCAAGUCAAAGAUCCAUGAAGUGCAUAUGAUCCAUCGCAAUGAUACAAUUCCGCAAUAUGUUCAAGUUCCGCAGCAGCCACCACCAAAUUAUGCAGUCAACUAUCCAAAUCCAGGCUAUGCGCCGAUUCCACAGAAUAAUUAUCCAUACGCGCCAAUUCCACCGCAGCCAGCGAUUCAAAAUGUUUACCCAAGCAACUACAUCCAACCUCAGCCUCAACCGGUGCCACAACAAAUACCACAGCAAGUACAACACUAUCCAGUUCCACAACAAGCAUAUGCUCCUGUUCCCGUUGCACCAAAUAACAUCUACCCAUCGCCAGUCGUCAACAAUGUCAUUCCGCCCGUUUACCCAACUCCAGUGUACGAAAUACCAACGCAACCACCAACGACACAGCCGCCUACAACAACAACGACACGAGCUCCUGUUUAUUCGAAAUAUGUGUGUGGUGUGAAAGGAACCAGUCGAACGGCAAAGAAAAUGUUCUUGGAACGCAUGACACCGUUGCACAAAAAGGCUUUGACCCGAACAAAACGUCAAGUAAACAAAUCGAAGGAGGUAUUAAUCUUGGGCAGUGAAUUGGUUCCAAUCCAAAUCCACAACGACAAACUUGGCGAUUUAGCUAAACAAACCGAUGAUGCGAUUGACAAUUUGGCGGAAUCGAAAGCAAUGACCUACGAUCACCCGAAAUUGAUUUACAAUCAAAAUUAUUCGUCUUAUAAUCGGCAAGCGCGUGUUGUUGGCGGUGAAGAUGGUGAAAAUGGUGAAUGGUGCUGGCAAGUUGCUUUGAUCAAUUCAUUAAAUCAGUAUUUGUGCAGCGCUGCUCUCAUCGGCACGCAAUGGGUGCUAACUGCAGCCCACUGUGUGACCAAUAUUGUCCGAUCGGGAGAUGCAAUUUAUGUUCGUGUUGGCGAUUAUGAUUUAACACGAAAAUACGGCAGUCCUGGCGCACAGACUAUGCGAGUGGCAACGACUUAUAUUCAUCAUAAUCACAAUAGUCAAACACUUGAUAAUGACAUCGCUUUGCUGAAACUGAAUGGUCAAGCUGAGCUUCGAGAAGGCGUUUGCUUGGUUUGUCUACCAGCACGAGGAGUAAAUCAUGCGGCCGGAAAACGAUGCACAGUCACUGGCUUCGGAUAUAUGGGCGAAUCAGGACCAAUUCCAUUGCGUGUACGAGAAGCUGAACUUCCGAUCGUUAGCGACGCUGAAUGCAUUCGCAAAGUCAAUGCUGUCACAGAGAAAAUUUUCAUUCUACCGGCAAGCAGUUUUUGUGCAGGAGGCGAAGCAGGAAAUGAUGCAUGCCAAGGCGAUGGUGGUGGCCCGUUGGUAUGCCAAGAUGAUGGAUUCUUUGAAUUGGCCGGACUAGUUUCAUGGGGAUUCGGUUGCGGUCGCAUUGAUGUCCCCGGAGUCUAUGUCAAAGUAUCCUCAUUCAUAGGAUGGAUAAACCAAAUUAUUAGCGUAAAUAAUCUGUAAGCGGAUAAUUCGUAUGGAAAUUAAUUGGCACUGCUCGACACCUUCGAAAUGCAAUAUCCAUCAAAAACAGUUGAUUCAGUGAAUAGCUUUUCGUUUCGAUUUUGUUGUGGAAAAUUCAAUAUAUUCCGAUCGAUUUCGGAUAGAGUUAAUAGUUCGAGGAAAGCGAAAAAAAUAAUCUAGAGAGUAAUAACAUAAGUAAGACAAAGAUAACUUUAAAACUCGUAUUGUAUAUAAAAAUAAAUAUGAUGGCAUCCAAAAGAAAAGCAAAACAAAAACACAAAAAUGUCGUCGUUGUUCAAUUUUAAUACUUUUUUUUGAUACUCUUAAAAUUAGUGAAUUAGUAAAUGGUGUGUACACUGUACAAUACACAUUUACCGCAUGCAAAAUUGAAAGAAAAAUAAUGUCCGAUUUGAAAGCGGCAAGCGAAAUGUGCUUUGGCCCAUAAAAAACACAUUCACUUAUUGAACAAAACAUUUGAGCUAGACGCAAUUAAAAAUACUUCUAAAUAAUUCGUUUAAGGAAUUUGAAAAUAAAGUAAUGCAAAAAUUA